AUGUAUUCAACAACAAUAAUUAUUUUCUUUAUUUAUUGUAUGGUAGUAUCGAAUGCAAGAUCUGUUAUUGUAUAUAGAAAUGCUUAUUUUGAUCCCAUUGAUACAAAUUAUAUGUUGAGUGAUCUUUCAUCGAUCAGUUCAGACAAUAUUUGUCUAUGUCGAUGCUAUGAAAAUCCAUUCUGUUUUACAGCUAAUUAUUUUGGAAAUAAUCAACAAUGUAUACUUUUCUUUGCACAAUUAAACCAAAGUCAAUUACGACUGAUGCCGAUUAAUACCAAUACUAAUGUUUACAGCUUUGAAAACAGAACUGUCGAAAAUCUAACGUUAUUUGAACGAACAAAUGAAACUAUAUUUGAAAUAUGGAAUACUACUGCAGGUGGUAAUAGUUUAUCAGCAAUACCUAGCUUUUACACUGGUUCCUAUUGGCCAACUCAACCAGCUGAAAACUUAUUCGAUGGUAACUUAACUACAGAUUAUACGAAUCAUGGGAUGUGUAAUUAUACGUAUUAUGAUGUGUCAUGUGGAGAAAAAACUGGUUUCUAUCUAACGAUGUAUAAUAAAUCAAUGAGUCUUGUGGCAUUUUAUUUAGGUACAAAUGAGUAUGAUUCGAUGCGCGACCCGCUAUCGGUUACUAUUGAAGGAAGCAAUUUAUAUGAAUCCGAACUCACAUUUGGCUCAAGUUGGACUUUAAUCUAUGAAGGCUCUUCAGGAUUAAUAAUUGAUCCUGGACGAUCAAGCUUUGGUGCAAUACAAAUACUUCCUAAUAAUUCUAUGCGGUUUGCAAGUUAUCGUUUUCUUGUUACUUCAAAAAGAGGCUCUGGAACCUCCGCAUCAUAUUCUGAAGUUCGGUAUGAACGAUAUCGUAAAUUUGCUUAUCAUAUGGCGCAAUCUGGCGUUAAAUUAUUCACGAUCGAAUGUGUUUUCGCUUCUGCGACAAAAUUUGGUUUACCACCACAAAGAUUUGAAGUAACACGACCUGGUAAUCCAUAUCAUAUUCAAGUUGUAGCUCCAUCAAUCAUGUGGAUGAAAGAAAACUUGAUCAAUGUUGCAGUUCAACGUUUACCUGCAUAUAUCGAUCGUAUAGCAUGGAUUGAUGCAGAUGUAGAAUUUGAGCGUCUUGAUUGGCCUUAUUUGACAUUGAGUGCUCUUGAGCGAUAUUCAAUCGUACAAAUGUUUAAAACAGGGUAUAUCACUGGACCGACGGGCAAAUAUGAAAUUUUAAAAAGAGAAUAUUCAUUUGCACAUGCGAUUCGUCAUGGACGACGAGUACAACCACAUCAUUCACAUCCUUAUGCUCAUCCUGGUUAUGCAUGGGCAAUGCGUCGCGAAACUUUCAAUGCUAUUGGAGGUCUUAUAGAUUUUUGUGUUAUUGGUUCGGAUGAUCUUCACUUUGCAUAUGCUUUAUUGGGUCGCAUUCAAGAAACAUUUCCAAUGGGUUUACAUAAAGACUAUCAUAUGUUAGCAAAGGGUUGGGGUGAUGGUGUUGCUAGAAUAGCAGGUUAUGGUGCAAAUGUAGGUUAUGUUGAUGUUAAUUUAUAUCGUCGAUGGCAUGGAUAUCAAGCUAAUCUAAGUCCGAUUGGAAGAUGGUUAAUUCUGUCUCAUUAUCAAUUUUCACCAUUAAACGAUCUUACAAGAGAUCGACAAUCAGGUGUUAUUUAUUUGGCAAAUAAACGUCGUCUUAGUGCACCUUUAGGAGUUACUCGAGUGAAGAAAAUAGAGAGUGAAAUAGCUAGUUACUUUAUAUCUCGUAAUGAAGAUAAUAAAAGAGUUUUACCACAAUUAUUAAUGCCUCAAUAUCAAAAUCUUCGAGGUUCUUAUCGACGUCAAUUUUCCUAUCCGGUUCCUCCUAGAAAACGUCCACAAUCUUACAUACCUAUAAUUCAACCACCUUCAGCUCGUUCAUCUUAUCGCCCAAGAUUCUAUUAA